UUGCUGGUAAAAGCAGUAUUUGCUUUGGAUACCCUCUGUGGCAAGAUGCAUUUCCUGUUUCCCCUCUUAGUGAUUUUGCUUCAAUUUCCUGGUGCUAGAGCUGGUGAGAUCAUUGGGGGCCGGGAAGCAAAGCCCCAUUCCCGACCAUACAUGGCAUAUCUGAAGUUCAGUUUGGAAAACAGAGAAAGUAAAUGUGGUGCAUUCCUGGUUCGAGAGGACUUUUUGCUGACAGCAGCUCACUGCUGGGGAAGUUCCAUCAGCAUCAUUCUGGGAGCACAUAACAUCAAGAAGUCAGAAAAGACCCAGCAGAAGAUUGGUGUGCUCAGAGCUAUUCCUCAUCCUCAAUAUAACAACCAGACCUACAAUAAUGAUAUUAUGUUGCUUCAGCUGGAGAAGAAGGCCAAGCUGAACAGAGCUGUGAAUCUCCUGCCCUUACCCAGGAUGAAAGACAGGCUGAGGCCUGGGAAAAGCUGCAUUGUGGCAGGCUGGGGAUGUGACGAUGCAGAGAAAUUCCCAAACACACUGCAGGAGGUGGAGUUAAAAGUGAGUAAGGAUAAGGAGUGCAAGGAGAACUACCCGCGAUACUACAACAGGUCUACCCAGUUGUGUGCUGGAGAUCCUAAGGAGAAAAAGGCUUCUUUUAAGGGGGACUCAGGAGGUCCUCUAGUGUGUGGUAGAGUGGCCCAGGGUAUUGUCUCGUAUGGAUUUAAAAAUGGGAGAAAUCCUCGUGUCUAUACUCGAAUCUUCAGCUUCUUAUCAUGGAUCAAGAAAACAAUGAAGGCUCAUGAGUACUAAGCAUCAAGUGAGAUUCUGUUUCCAAGACAGAAUGAUUCUCUCUGAUAACAAGAAGUGGUUUCUGGAUAUAGAGUCUAAAGUCAAGAGGAUGUUUGGAAAUAAAAAGGAUCACAUGCCAAUAAAUCUGAAUGUUAAUUUGCA